GUCAAAGCAAACUUGGCGUCCAUGUCCUUGGUCCCGUCCGCGCCGCCGCCGCCGCCGCCCGACGAGACAGCGCUCGUCGUCGCCUCGUCCAAGAGGGAGGAGCUCGACGAGGAAGAGUCGCCUGUUGACCUCAUGCAGCUGCCGUCGAUCCCGAUGCAAAAGUCGCUGCUGCUAUUGACCAACUUUUGCACCAACACGGUCCGCUUCCUCAACCACUUCUCCAACCUCUGCGAAGAGCGGCUGACGACCGUCGCCACGAACCUUACGCGCCUCGAGAUCUCGCUCGCGAUCCUCGAGGCGAAGCUCAACAGCAUUCCGGACCUGCCGACGACCGUCACCAUCUCGGCGGCCGAUAUUCCUGACGACCUGCCCACGCCCGCCAACGCGCCAGUGCCGCCGCCGCCACCGCCCGCGCCACCCGCCGACGGACCGGGCGCGCCGCCGCCGCCACCGCCGCCCAUGCCCAUGUCGGCCGACGCUGGGGCGCCGCCACCACCGCCGGCAGACGUCGAGGAGAGGAGUUUUUGUCUUCUCUACUAA